AUGUCUCUUCACGCACCUGCCAGUGACCCGCCGACAAAGCUGGGUGUCUAUCGCGUACUUUCCGCCCAAGCUGGCGUGAGGGUAUCCCCCAUCACGCUAGGUGCGAUGAGUGUCGGUGAUAAAUGGGAAAGACUGGGGAUGGGUUCAAUGAACAAGGAGUCAAGCUUUAAGCUCCUGGACGCGUACUUUGAUAUGGGCGGCAAUUUUAUCGAUACAGCUAAUGGCUAUCAAGACGGGUCCUCGGAAGCAUUCAUCGGGGAAUGGGCUGAACAGCGAGGUAUUCGGGAUCAGCUUGUCAUAGCAACCAAGUAUACUGCUAACUACAAACGCGGCGACAAUUCUAUUGCGCAGAAAGUCAAUUAUGUCGGGAACAGCUCCAAGUCCUUAUACCUCAGCGUCGAGGCAAGCCUCAAGAAACUCCGCACUGACUAUAUCGACAUACUUUAUCUGUACUGGUGGGACUGGGAUACAUCCGUUCGUGAAGUGAUGGAUAAUCUCCACUAUCUCGUCUCGCUUCGCAAAGUCUUAUACCUCGGGAUAUCAGACGCGCCUGCUUGGGUAGUAGCUCAAGCGAAUCAGUACGCCUUGGACAACGGGAAAACACCGUUCGUGGUAUACCAAGGCCGGUGGAACGUCAUGGAGAGGUCGUUUGAACGGGACAUCAUCCCGAUGGCCAGGGAAUUUGGGAUGGCACUUGCUCCGUGGGAUGUACUUGCUGCUGGGAGAUUCAGGACCGACGAGGAGGAGCAGAAGCGAAGGGAGACAGGAGAGAAAGGGAGGACGAUAUCUCGUCCGGAUUGGGAGAGGAGUGAGUUGGAAGUGAAGGUUUCGAAGGCACUGGAGGUCGUUGCAAGUGAGGUUGGCGCUCAAGGAAAUCUUACUGCUGUCGCUAUCGCAUAUGUCAUGCACAAGACCCCAUACGUCUUUCCGAUCAUCGGAGGCCGAAAGGUUGAGCACCUGAAGGCGAACAUCCAGGCUCUCGACAUAAGGCUGACGGAUAAGCAAAUGGAAUAUCUCGAGAUCGUGGUACCUUUUGAUCCUGGUUUUCCCUCCUCGAUGAUUGGAGACGGAACGACUCAUAACAGGAUGUUGCUAGCUGUCGCCAAGAUGGCCAAGCAACCGAAGCCGCAGCCUAUCUUACCAUGA